AUGUCGCAACAACCGUCCACACCAGUCAAGGUGCCCUCCUCGGCUGCAAACAACACACCAGCCACCCUGGAUCCAGAUCUGCGCUCGCAAAUAAACACCGUCCUCCUGCGCGACGGCCAUGUCACAAAAAUCCAAGAAGCCCUCCUCCACGCCCUCAACUCCAACUCAACAAACUGGCCGACCCAGAUCCAAACCCACGCCCUCACCCUCCUCCGCUCCGGCGAAAUAACAACCUACCCAGCCCUCCUGCGCCGCGUCCUCGACGACGUCCGCGAAGCAUCCUCCUCAACCUCAUCAUCCACAAACGGCAAAACCCCCAACGGAGACGCCAAAAAGGUCAACGGCUCAACCACACCCUCCGAUAAACCAAACCUAGCUGUUCCAGAUGCCGUCAUCGAAGAAGCCCUCCGUGUCACGAGGGAGAGCCUAGAAGCAGUCUGUGAGAUUGACGACCACGGAGCAAGUUGA